GACAAACCCGCCGACCCUCCCGGAGCUCAUCGCUUAUUCGACCAACGGAAAACCGGAACCCGGUGCUCCACAACCGGACGGCGGAAAGGAACCACGGCCGGCACACGGUGGCUGAUGGGCGUCUGAAGUCCUGCAGGACCGACCUGGCACAGAGUCUGGCUCACGCGUCGAGUUCCUCCCUCCUGACCCGGGAUCAGGCUCCAGCUCCAUCCUAAUCCCCCAAAGAGCAUUAGCGGGCUAAGUUUGGUCCUGGACGGCGCCGGGCGGUCACAGCGGACAUCAGCUGUCCACCAUGAUGCAGAUAUCAGACUCCUACAACCAGAAGAACUCGCUCUUUACCGCCAUGAGCCGCUUCAUCGGCGCCGUCAACAACAUGGACCAGACAGUGAUGGUGCCCAGUCUGCUGCGGGACGUCCCCCUGGAGGACGGCGAGGACCUGAAGGUCCCGGAGUCCGCCCCGUCCACCAACGGCUACUUCCAGCCGGACGGAGACAUGUACAGCUCCUACGUCCUGCUCAAGUCCAUCCGGAACAACAUGGAGUGGGGCGUCCUGGGCGACGAGCGGCCCGAGGCCGGGGGAAGCGGGCGAGGCCGGGACGACGACGACCUGGAGAAACAGUUCCACUUCCACCUGAACGGACUGCAGGCGGUUCUGUCCAAACUCACGCUGAAGGCUAACACGCUAACGAACCGCUACAAGGAGGAGAUAGGCUGCAGGAACUGACCCGGUCCGGUUGUGACGUGGUUCUGCUUAGCUCAUUACCUACAAAAACCAACACCAACACAUUAAUUAAAAACCCAGAUUAUUGACGACCUUUGACCUCUGGUGUUUCUGUUCGAGGUUAAAUGUGGAAAAAUUAGGCUGUGCUUGACUUCCUGCUAAAUUUGCCUUCAUGUCUGAACAAGUGUCCUUAAACACACCAUCAGCUUCCAGCUGCACCAACCGGAUCAAACUGGUUAGUCUGCUGUUUGUAGCUAAUGAGCUAAAGCUAACCCUACCUGUGUGAUAGUUGGGGUUAAAGGUCAUCAGAGGAAGCUGCUGUUCUCUCUGUUUGCUGCACUUUUCCAGUGUCUGUCUGUCAUUUCAUGCUGGGGACUCAAACUAUGCAACGAAGCGACUGAAACACACAAACGUCUCUAAAUAAUCCUCCAGAACCACCAGAACCUCCAUCUGGACCGUUCUGAUGGAUGAAGCUGUUUGCUUUGAACAGGAACUCAAGACGUUUUCAGACUGAUUCACCUUCUAAUGUUUGGAUCAGCCGAUCAGAACCUGUAGAACCAAACAGAAAUUAUUUAAUGAAGCAUUUUUUUUUUCAACUUGAGUCUGAUUUGCUUCUCAGCUCUGGAUGGUUUUUAUUUAAUGUUCCUCUUGGUAAUAAAAUGUUCUGAAGAACA